AGGCUUCCUAUCCCACAGCGUCAUUACGUCACUCUGCAUCCGAACAUAGACCAGUCGCAGCCAUUUUACUCCGCGAAAUAAACUUCAAUCUCACAGCUACAGGAAAAAAAACAAACACACACAAGAUAGCUCCGCUGGCAUUAAUGGAUAUCUCGUUGUGAACCUGGGCUCGGACAGAUCCCGCUUUCAAGCCUGUUAUUCGGUUUGAAUCCAUGGCUUAGCGUAACCAAGAAACUAGCUGGACUUGUCUUUCCUCUUUCCCUAACUGUCCUCUGCUACUACAGGUAGCGGCAAGACAUAUCCAAAGGGACGGUGACCCAAAUCCCUGUUGCUUGCCUGGGACCCUCCCCAAUUGCCUCUUGAGGCAGGAUGGAGCCCCAGGCUUCUCAGGGCCAGCUAGGAGCAGAGGGGGACUGUGGGAUGUUGAGUCUGCUGCUGCCCAGCCCCCAGAGCGAGGCGGUGACCCAUGAGAUGGAGGAGCUGUCGCUGCAGCCCACACAGAAACUGCCUCCGCUCAAUGAACGCAAAAAUGUCCUGCAGUUGCGGCUUCAGCAAAGGCGAACCAGGGAGCAGCUGGUGGAGCAGGGCAUCAUGCCACCUCUGAAGAGCCCGGCAGCCUUCCAUGGGCAGAUUCGCAGCUUGGAGAGAGCCAGGACCGAGAAUUUCCUCAAGCAUAAGAUCCGCAGUCGUCCAGAGAGAGCAGAGUUGGUCAGGAUGCAUAUCCUGCAAGAGACUGGAGCAGAACCCUCACUACAGGCCACCCAGAUGAGACUGAAGAGGGCCCGGCUGGCUGACAACCUGAACGAGAAGAUCGCCCAGAGACCCGGCCCUAUGGAGCUGAUAGAGAAAAACAUCCUGCCGGUGGAUUCCACCCUUAAACAGGCCAUCAUCGUGGGCCAGGUGAAUUAUCCCAAGGUGUUAAAUGAAGACAGCAGCGACGCCCUGUCACCAGAGCAGCCGGCCAGCCAGGAGUCUCAGAGUUCUGUCCCCUCUCCCGCGGAAAGCAAAGUGCCAGAGACGCCCUCUCCAGGCCCAGCACCACCACCACUACCCACCACAAUACUGCAGGCCUUCCCAGUUGCCACACCAGCAACAACAGACUUUGUGAAAGUGAUCUCUACUAAUGAGCCGCCUGCCAGCCGCCCAGCUGUCACGCCCGCACAACCAGUCACCACAGCUGCUCCUUCAAAACCAGCCCCAACACUGGUGAAACAAAGCCAGCAAAGGUCGCCCUCAGAGAAGAACCGCAGUAAGAAGGGGAAAGAGCCUAAGUCCAGGGUGAAAAAGCUCAAGUACCACCAGUAUGUCCCCCCAGACCAGAAGCAGGAGGCCAGUGAAGCACCCAUGGACUCCUCUUAUGCCAGACUACUGCAGCAACAGCAGCUGUUCCUCCAGCUGCAAAUCCUCAGCCAGCAACAGCAGCACUACAACUACCAGACUAUAUUACCAGCACCACUUAAACCUGUGGCCGAGGGUCAAAGCAGCAGUGCCGGAAGCCUGCCGACCUCCAUCAUGGUGUCUCUACCCACUGCACCUCCACCUCCCCCUUUGCCUUCGGCCUCGGCUCGCCCAAACAACUCGCUCACGAACCGCAAGCCAGGAAUCUUGCCUGCCAACCUGGAGGAGAUGAAGGUGGCUGAGCUAAAACUGGAACUAAAGCUGCGUGGCCUCCCUGUGUCAGGAACAAAGACUGAUCUGAUAGAAAGACUGAAGCCUUUCCAGGACAAUCCCAGCACCUCUGCUGCUACCACCAUUCACCCCUCAACCAUUACCACCCUCUCUGUCCCCAUGGAGGUCACCACCAACACUACCACCCCUGCUAUAGUCCUCCCAGUCCAGCAGGUGGCUCCAGAGAACUUGAACUCCACGCCACCGGUCUCACCCAUUCCCACUGAUCCCUCUGCCCGCCAGCAGGAUGUAGGCAUGUCUGAGGCUCCUUCUGAAACACAAAUGGUGAGCUCUGGCUGGGCAGGUCCACGAUCCUCACCUCUACCGUCUUUCCAUGUCCCGGAGGAAAAGGACAGGAGGCUCCAUGAGAAGGAGCGUCAGAUAGAAGAGUUGAUGAGGAAGUUGGAGCAGGAGCAGAGGCUGGUGGAGGAGCUGAAGAUGCAGCUGGAGGUGGAGAAGAGGACCAGCACCGCUGACUCUUCCUGUGCACCUGCCACAAACCUUGUUCCUACAGUCCUGAACUCAAAUGUAGUAAAAGUGGAGGGUGCAGUCCUGUCAAACUGUUCAUCCACUCCCGCUACAAUCAAUAAUUCUGUCCGGGGCUCCCCCCUCCCAACAGUGGUCAAGUUGGAGGAUGUGACUGUUUCUGCUGGCAAGCCGGUCCACACCCAAACCCAGCUCAUCACCCACAUCCAAUCCCAACCACAGCCCCAAGUCACCGCCAGCCCACAGUUCCUCCCCCAGUCACAGAGAAGUCCCAAACUCGAGACCCAGCCCCACUCUCAACCCGCAGCCUCCAGCCUGCAGCAGUUCUUUAUCACAGGCGGAGUGUCCCAGGUGCUGAGUCAGCCUCAGACUCUGCUGACCAGGACUGGCCAGGCUGGAACUCAGAUCCUCCUCCCAGUCUCACUACCCAAUAAGGCUACUGCAAUCCAGCUACCAAGCACCACUGUCAGCCUGCAGCCUGUUCUUCAGGCCACGGUCUCAAAUCAAGGUCUGGUCCAGGGCUCAGCUCCUCAGCUGCAAACCACAAAAAUGGAGACGGCACCCAGCCAGCAGUUAGCCAACCACAACCAAUUGCUACAGACUCUGACUUUGUGCAAUAACACCACUGGUUUGGAGAACCAAACUAGGCCUGAGAUGAAUCCCCAGUGUUUCCUGAGAAGCUCUCCAGAGAACAGGGUCUCCCCACGGGCUUCACCCAACCACCACAUCUCCAACGGACCAUUCAAUAAGUCUUCUUCUCCCCAGCCCGCCUUGAUCCUUCAGCCCACCUCCCUUGUUACCCUGCCUCCCAAGAUGAGAGAGCCUCCGCGCUAUGAGGAGGCCGUGAAACAGAGUCGCAACAUGCACAUCAACAAUGUUUCACAGGUUCCCACUGCAACCAGCCAGCAAAUGGACGAUUUGUUCGACAUUCUCAUCGAGAGUGGAGAAAUCACUCCAUUUAUCCAGCAGGACCCUUCGGUGUCUUUCACUAAGACCGUCCCGGUCACUGCAAACAUCACCACCCUGCCAGUCAGCACCGCUCUCUCCAGACCACCUCCACAGAUCCAGGUGGCCCCUCCGCCCACCCUGAGCCCCCUCAUCGGCCAAAGCCUGCCCAGCCUCUCCUCGCUGGCCACAGACAAUCAGCUGGAGGCCUUUCUGGAGCGAACGCUCGCCGAUACGUCGCCAGUGUCAGACCCGCGCACCCAGGGCCUGAUGGAGGAGCUGCAGGCCCAGCUGAUGGAACAGCAACCCUACUCGCCCAUGGACACGUCAGACCUGUCCUUCUGUGAUUCCUCCUCGCCCCCGUCCUCGCUCAACAUGGGCCUGUCUGACCCGGGCCUGGACAAUAUGGAGUGGCUGGACCUCACCAUGCCACCAGGUCCUGGCGGUGCACUCACACCACUGGGGAUCCCAACGGACUUCCUGGAUACACAUGACCUGCAGCUUCAUUGGGAAUGACGGAGGGACGGGUGAAAGAAAAAGAACGGUCAAGUCAGCAAAGCAGCUGAGCCAGAAGGGAGGGAGAGAUGGAUGAAAAGGAGAAAGGCACCGAUAGACGCAAAUUUUUCAACAUUUUAAAUAAGGACACAAAAGGAGGAGAAAACAUGGCAUUUCUGUGCCAUAUCAAUCUUACCAGUACGUCCAUACAUCUGUAAUAUUCCCACUAUACUACAGUAAGGGACGCUGUACAGUAGUGCACUGAUUCAAGUUGAACUACAAGCAGGAGUUUGCACAGCUUCAAAAGAGCGCCUACUAUGGCUGAACAGCCAGAAUAACGUCAUAAUGUCUCUAAAGUAAACACAGACACCUGUAGAAUUAGUGAUAAAGGGUUUUUAAACAGACUAGACAUUUUCAGUGUCUGAUGUCAUGAUUCUAAUAAUCAUUUAUAGAGACAUGAAGACAGAGCCAAAUUAAUACUGGUAGCUUGGACUGUAUGUAAAUACUCUUUUUAAACCACACUAAUAUAACUUCGCUUUCUCUGACACAGAGCCUGAAGGGUGGCUUUCAGUGUGAACCCUGCCUCUUUUUACUGUAUAAGCACAGUAACCACAUGUGGUGUGAUUCCACUGAAGCAUACUGUGCCACUCUAGGUUGCAAAAGCUGGCCGUUACAGUGUGACAUUCAAAGACUACAGAUUAAAAAUAGGUGUAAUCAAAACAUUGAAGGGAUUUGAUUCAAUAAGAACGCAUUUGAGGCUUGGCCUGGCACAUCAGUGUUUUAGGAUGUCAGUACAGCCUCAGCUGCUGACCACUUAGACUAAACCAGUCUGAGUGCUUUGAGGAGUUGCUGCAGUCUGUCUGAGGUUCCCUUUAUCACUCGAAGCCAUACGUGCUCAGUCAGGUCACUGAGCCAAGUUUUAAAGGGAUUCCUGAGAAGAGGUCAAGCUUCUGUUCACGCUGGUUAAGUCUACCACAUACUGCACAUCACAAUGUUUGCUGACUAAUCUGAUAUGUUGUAUCAGAUGUGACUCUUCUGACCUAUCACGGCCUUCCGGUCGAGCUGACGAACCAAUGACUCUAAAGAACAAAGAACAAAGACUCGACUUAAGUCGGAUGACGAGAGAGGAGCAAGCUCCUCCAUCUACGUGAGAGCUAUGCACUAAAGAGGCGUCGAGAUCUGACGACGCGCCUCAUUCACCUCAGAAAAAGGAAAUGUGAACUCUGCAUAUCCAAGGUGAUCGUUGAUAUGAAGUGAUCAAUACGGCUGUGACCGGCGUAAAGAUCAUGUGGCCAAACGCUCCAGAGAUACUGCAGUUGUUGUCCCAGUAUCUUUUUUGAAUGUAAUUUUGGAAAUAUCGGAAAAUGGGACUUUACUCACAAAUUUGGCAGCUUUUUUCUCUUCUGGUCGUAAACUGACAUAAAACAGUGGAAAGGGAACAAAACAGUUUAUGACAUAUGCAGACACACAUCCAUAAUAGGGGUGAUCUGUGUGUUGCAAGUUCUAUGAAGGAAAUACGAUGUCUUUGGACUGUGUGUGUGUGUGUGUGUGUGUGUGUGUGUGUGUGUGUGUGUGUGUGUGUGUGUGUGUGUGAGUCAGGGUGGGAAAUUACUGCAUCACUAUCUAACAAACGGGCUAGUUAAUAAUAGCCUGUAGCUGAUAAGUAAUUCUUUUUAACAGCCCAUUUAAUGAGUGACCAACCAUCAUUUGGAGGAAUCAGAAUAUUCUAAAGUAAUAUUUAGAAAGCAAGAAAGCAUGUUUUUGUGUGUGUGUGUGUGUGUGUGUGUGUGUGGAUUCGUCUUCCUGUCUUUUGCAUGUACUCCUGUGUCCCCGUGUGCACGAUUAUAUUCACGUUUAAUCUCGGGCCGCUUCGAGCUCUUUGUCAGCCGUCACCCACAAGUUGUCUGAAGAAAUGCAUUUAAUCUCUAUGAAAUCAAAUCAUUUGCUAUCCAACCGACAUAUCCCAAACUUUAAUCUUCAAAAGGCUUCUGAUGACUGUUUACUGUUUCAAUCUCUGUGGUUCAGUCGGUGUCCUACAGUACAAAAACGCACUGACACCUUUUGAGGUGUGCUACACAGUGAAGAGGGCUUAGCUACUUUUAAAGCCGUCGUAAAUUCUAGAUGUUUAUUUUGAAAGGAUUGCAUCGUAUCGCACUCGCUGUACCUUUUCAAACCUAAAUAUUAAGUUACUGAUUCUGUAUGGCACUUUGAAAUAAGAUUGCUUUUUUAAUUGUCAUCCUUUUAGAAAUGAUUCAUGUCCAGUGGGAACAUUUACAGUACAUUUUAACCACUUUGUUCUGUCAUUGCGUCUAAGGGCACUAGAGGGCGUUGCCUCUUUGUCUGUUGUGGCUUCAUGGCACAUUUUCAGUUUCAUCUGUUGGUACUUCAGGGUCAGUUCUAACAGGAAAAAAAAGUUAAAGGAACCGUGUUUUUUUGCAUUUUAAAUAAAUGUAAUUUCUGUCUGUGUAAUGCUGAUUUGCUGUUCACAUCAGCAAUAAUGUGGUGACUGGUUAACAGCUCUUUAUAUCAACAUUGUCUAGUCAAAAAAGUGUGAUGCUCUUACUGCCGCAGUUCCAUGUUUAUCAUCAGAACAGGCCAAGACACAUGGAUGUGCCCAAAUGCAAAACUUUUUGACCACCUGAAAGAGUUGCGCCAAAUACUGCACAGACCUGCUUCUUUUCACAAUCGGAGAUGGCCUCAUUCUCUUGGUCACCUCUGGUUGGUGCACCUCUAGUUCAGUUGUGUCGGGGUGGUUGGACCCUGGUCUGCCUGCUUGUAUUUCUUUUCUUCUAGAUUGUGUUACAUCCUACAUAGGAUGAACAGUAAGAAUCACUAGUUGAUUCACGUAUAUCCUAGAAGAGAUGACGAGUUAAUGUUGUGUUUUAGUCUUUGUUUCUGUCAGCUUCAGGGCUGUCAAAUUUGAUAUUUUGUUGCCAAAAAAGGCAGUGGAACAUAUUAUCACGUUUUGUUAAUUUUCUCAUGUUUUUGUAUUCACCAUCUUUUUUUUUUUGGAUGAAAAGUAAAAGAAAAAAACAAUCUUCUUUUCAUGCUUAUGUAAAAUGUGUAAAAGAUUCCAUGUGUAUAUUUUUGGUUUGAGUUUUUAUCCAUUUUGUUUUUCAUAUCAGACACAAACCUGUUGGCUGUAGUGAGUCUACAUAUGUAUGUGAUUUACACUCUAUGUGACACCACAUACCAUUGGCAUUUGUCUGCUAACUGGCCAGCCAGGGACAGCUAAAAAGCAAUAAUGGCUGCUCUCCCUUGAUAUACCGUACUGUAUGUCAGUUCCCGCCUUGAUUUUAUUAAUGGAAGUGCUUUUACUACAGAGUAAUACAGUUUAUAAGUUAAAAAGCACAUCAUAUCUGAGUGGUUAAAUAGGGGUUUGUUUGAAUAACCCUCUUGUAUUAGAGGCUUGUGGAAGCACUGUCAGUCUGAACAACCCCUAAAGGUUCCCUGAACCAGUCACUUUCAUAAUUGGAGUUAACAGGUUUUGGCUCAGGCUCCCCUGUGUUCACGUCCGCUCUAUUGGUUGUCCUCCUCACCUGUGCCGUUUAUCAUCCUGUGAACAUUUUGGUUGAGAAGCUGUACUUCAGAACAGAGCUCUGUACAAGUCAUUUUAUUAAAAUAUGUAUUUUACAGACAUCAGGGCAAACACAUUUGAUUUACAUCCUUCAUUGUAGCCGCGUCGCCUCUCCAUCUCCACCGUCCAUACCAUGCCUCUUGUUAUUUGUAUGCCAUAUGUUUUGCACAUUGUGUACAUAUUUAUAUAGAUGUAAUGCAUAUUUUUAUACAUAUGUAACAUCCAUGGGUUGACUAUUUUGUAAAUACUCCAAAAGAUGUAUAUAAGUACUGUAUGCCUUUACGUGUCAAUAAAAUUUGGUGUACUGUGAA